AUGGGUAUUCCUGUGCUCGGCCCUACGGCAUCUGAUGUAUGGGCAGGUGCCUCGGAGAAAGAUCACGGAGACCUCUCAACGCGCGGCACGGACGUCCUCCCCCACAUCAUCUCCUCCGUGUCCCGCCGUCCGUCGAUCUACACCAUGUCCCGCGAGGACCGGCGGGAGUUCAUCGAGGAAGUCUCGGAAGCGUGCUUCGACUGCGCCGCGCGUGCGCGGCUCGCGGACCUGAAGGUGUGGUUCUUGACGGGCGAUGUUACCUGCCCUUUCCCGAUCACGGCGUUCUGGGCGGUUCAGGAUGAUGAUAGAGAACGCGGUGGAGGUUUCGUGGACUACAAGAUGUUACUGGGCAUUAACCACUUCAUGCACUGGGACGACCCUGAGAAGGCCGUUCAGGUCUAUCUCGAGGCACUGGCGUAA